AGAUUGAUGAGUGGCUAUUCUAAGAUCAAUCCUAGUGGCAACACUCACAAGUUAAGAUCUACAGAUUUUCCUGAUUUCUUCUCCUUCCCUGAGAGCCCAAAAUACAUCAGGAACAACAGUAAAGUCACCAGAACAGAGGAGCCAAACCAGAUCGAGAAGGACAAGGCUCAGAAAUCCUCACCUGAGAGAGGAGAAGAACAUGACGAUGGGGAAGCUGUUGGGGAGCAUCGAGACGGAGAGAUAUUCGGCGUGGUUCUGGGUCGGAGUGCGUCGGUUUCUUCAUCAGCGACGGGGAUUCAGGGCACGAUGAAGAAAGCGUUCUCAAUGAGAAGAUCUUCGUCGGUGUCGGAGAGGUAUUGCAGGAUUCAUGACCAGUACGUGGCAUUAGCUCCACCGAUUGGAGAGGAUGGUGAAGGAGAAUCAAACGGAGGAAGAAGAUCAGUGAUGAGGAAGAAGAAGAAGAAGCUGAGCGGAGGAGGAGGGAAGAUCCUGAGAGCCUGUAAGCGCCUUCUUGGAUUUUAAUUAUGGAACUUUGUUGAGAAAUUUUUGGGGAUUUCGAAGAGCAACUUUACAGAAUAAAAUCUGGAAAGCGUUCUGUGAAGGAAAGCGAUUUAGAUUUAUGAAUCCUCUUUUACUCAGCGAAUGAAAUCUGACAAAUGAUGAGAGAUGAGCAUUGCGUUUUAUCAAAUCAAAAUCUUCUUUUGUAAUGAUUCCGCACAACAGCAUAUGUUCGUUUCUUUAA